ACAAUUUACAGUUUUGUUUUUGUUUUGUUUUAUUUUUUAUUCAGUAGCGGUAGCCAUAUUGUUUUAAAAGGAUUUGAUGAAGAAUUGUAGUAUCGUGAAGAAUUUAAUUUAAUUGAACUAAUAUUAUCUUCUGUAUUAUACAUCAGCCUGCUAAACGAUGUGGCAUGAGGCUAGAAAACAAGAAAAGAAAAUUCGAGGAAUGAUGGUAGAUUAUAAAAGAAGAGCAGAAAGAAGACGAGAUUAUUAUGAAAAAAUAAAACAAGAUCCUGCCCAAUUUUUGCAAGUUCAUGGCCGGCCGGCUAAAAUUCAUCUUGAUCCUGCAGUGGCAAUUGCAGCUGAUAGUCCAGCUACAAUGAUGCCAUGGCAAGGACAUUCAGAUAAUCUUAUUGAUAGAUUUGAUGUCCGUGCACAUUUAGAUAUCAUUCCAGAAUACAAGCCUAAAAAUGAUGAUGAACCUGGAGAAGAUCGUCAAGCAUGUUAUGAGCGUUAUCGAACUUUAGUUCAAAAUGAUUUUUUAAGUGUGGGUGAGGAUAAAUUUCUUCAUCAAAUAUAUCUUGAGGAAAGAUUUGGAAUAUUUAAACCAGGUCCGGAAGAGGAGAAAAAAAAGCUUCUUGAUAAGAAAGUAGCUAUUGGCUAUGUUUAUGAGGAUAGUACUGGAUCCCCCACCAGAUCCUCAAUCAUGAAAGAUAUGGAGGAAGAUGAUGAAGAAAAUGAAGAGGAUAAGGAAGAUGAUUUAAGUGAUCUUGAUCUCGAUGUUACUAUAGAUGUUAGCGUGCUUACUCCUGCUCAGUCUGCAGAAAUGAAUGAACACUCAACAAAAUACGGGAUGGUAGACGAUGACUUUAUAACAUAUCUACUGCAGGACAAAGAAGAAGCUGAUCAGCUGCGGUUGGCAAGGGAAAUUGAAGAGGAAAAGGCUAUGUAUUCAGGUAGAAAAUCCAGACGUGAAAGAAGAGCUUUAAGAGAGAAAAAGUUAGCUGGAAGAAAAAUCACUAGUCCUCCAAGCUAUGCGGCUCGAGAGAGUCCCACUUAUGCCCCAAUGAGGCAUUCUACUUCCAAGUCUCGUUCACGGUCACCACCAGAAGCUGGAAAAAUAAUGUUUAUUACAAGUUUUGGCGGUGAAGUAUCAGAUGGAGAGCAGAAAUCCGGAAAUAAAAAUCAUGCUUCCAAUUCCAAAUCUGGAAAGACAAAAUCUAAAGAAAGUGGAGGCUCUGUAAUCGGUCCUCAAUUACCUUCAAAGAACAAUGAUAAAAAGCAGUCUAAGUCCUCUAAGAGCAGUCCUCGUUCUGACUCAUCAAGAUCAUCUUGCCAUUCUAAACGGAAAGAAACUAAAAGUAAUAAGCGCACUCAUGGGAGAUCCAGACAUAGGUCCCCAUCAUCAUCUAGCAGAUCAAGAUCACGAUCCCCUAGAAAAUCUAGCUCCAGAGAUAAAAAGAGAAAAUACAGGAGACACAGUUCUAGUUCUAGAUCACGAUCUCGCACAUGCUCUUCAAGAUCACGAUCUCGUUCUCGACUCCAAUCAAGGCGUACUAAAACACGAUCUAGGUCAACUUCUAGAUCAAGAACUGAUGAUAAAUCACGAUCUCCUUUGUUGCCACCUCCUCCUAUUAAAUCUUAUUAUCGCCAUAGUCUUUCUCGUUCAAACAGUGAUGUUUCAGAUGAUGAGAGUGAUGGAGAUAAAUCUCCAAUAAGAACAUCACAACUUCCUAACAUAACUGGCAGUUCAAAGCUGCAACCUCUUUUGGGUAAAGCUGGUCUUCCUACCAAAGGUACGAAACUAACUCCUCAAGAGCGCCUUAAAAAGAAAAUGCAAAUUGCCCUAAGGAAGCAAUAUAAAGCUGAUAAAAAAGCUCAAAUGGAAAAAAGUGAAAAACAAAUGCAGGAGAGACAAGAUAGAGCUGAGGAAUUGAGAGAAAUGGCUAUUAAAUUAAGACAAAGGGAACGAGAGCGAAGGCACAAAAUGCGUGGUUAUGGUUAUGAUUCUGACAGUGACACCACGUGGACUAAAAACCCUGAUUAUGAUCCUAGAAAUCCCGAUAGUCACCAUUCUAAGAAAAGUGGAACUGCUUCUAGCAGGAGUAGUAGUUACAGUAGUGAUGAAACAAGUCCGACACAGUCAUUUACGUCUAAUAGUCGAAGGAGGAGUAGAACUAAAUCACCACCUCCUCGCUCAUCCAGAAGAAGUCCUGUGGAAGACAGGCGAAGGUCAUCCCCUCCUCCAUCUUCUUAUCGGAAAAGAAGUCCUUCGCACAGAAGUCCAUCUAGAAGAAGUCGAAGUCCUCUUUUAAAAAGUCCUACUAGAAACUCUGUAAAAAGUCCACGAAGAAGUCCUCAACACUCUCGAAGGAGCCGAAGCCCCGAUCGUAGUUAUCGAAAUUCUAGGUCUCGCCAAAGUCCAUCUCGUAGAUAUUCACCUCCAAGGAACUCUAGGAGACGUUCUCCUUCCAGAAGUCCUUCACGCCAGCAUUCAUCUUCUAGGCAAUACAGGCGAGGGAAUAAUUCACCACGAAGAUCAAGGUCCCCAUCUAGGACUUACGGCUCUAGACCUUUAGUUGAUUAUUAAAUCGAAAUAUUUUGCACACAAAAACUUUUUUAUUUGGAAAUUUUGAUAUGUGUAUGGUGAGAAAGGGAUUGGAUUUCAGGAAUAUAUUUGUCUAAUAUAUCAAAUUUCAUUCAUCACAAAUCACUUUUUAUCAUUCCAUCUGAAUUAAGAAGAAUUUUUACUUAAGUCAUAAUUUUUGCCAAAGAAUUCUUAGAAAAUGAUAUUAAAAUGAAAUAAUUCCUUUAUAAUUAAAGAAGAAUUUUUAAUCUGAAACAUUAUUUCUUUACUAAAUUUGCAUUGGGAAGGAACCAAGGUUGCAGGAGAUAUUACGAGUUACGUCAUUGAAAAGCAAAAUUGAAGAAAAAAUUUAUGUAAAAAAGUAUUCAAUACAAAAAAUAUAUGCAUAAAAAAGCAUCCUAAAAUGUACACAACAAGUGCUCUUACAUGAAAGAGUAUCUUGAAAAAUAAAAGAAAAUCUAAAUAUGCAAAUUUCAUCAAAAUUCUGGCCUUAAUCAUUACAUAUCAUGAUGAAUUUGAAAAUUAUAUAGCUUAUGAAAUAGAAGGCAAAUAACUUGAAAACACGUUUAAACAUCAUUCUUUUGUUAAAAGUUUUUAUUUUUUUUAUUUUGAGUGAUUUUGACAUAAAUUUAAACUUACCUAAAUCUCUCUCAUUAUUGAUUGAUAAAAAAAAAUAAAAAAAUUACAUCAUGAUCAAAAGUGAUUCUUAGUGAAUGAAUUAAACUUGCAUGCAUAUUGUAUGAAUUAAACUUACUAAUAAAAAUAAAUUAUUUUUAUUUAAGUAAUAGAUAGCAAUAAGUCAUACCUUAAAAUAAAAUGUUAUAAAUAAAAAUGUGUUAUUUUCAAUAAAUAAAAAAAAAAGCUUUUUUCAAAUUACUGUAAUUGACUUUAAAUAUUUAACUCUAAAAUUCUAUAGCAUUCUAUAAAUGUUUUUUGCCAUCAAACAAGAUGUUUUAAAAUAUCACUUAUAAUAAAUUUUUUAUGAUUUUGACUUAAGAGCAUGUUCAGCUUAGUUAAUGUUUCACAUUUUUGUAUAAUUAAUUAUAUCUCUAUUACAAUAAUCUGUCUUUUUAGUAUUUGACAAUUAGCUUUAUUAUUUAAAAAUGAAAAAAGUUUUUGCCAGAUUAGCAUUAUUUUAUCAUUUAUUACUGAAUUGCUAUUGAUUUAAAUACUUAAAUCAAUAAAAUAAUGAAAGCAAUAUUUGAUGCCUGUGUUUUAAAUUUUUACAAUAUUUUUUUCUGAAUAUGGUAUUUGGAAUGAAUAAUGAAAAUGUAUUCAGAUCCUUAUUUAAGUUCAAAACUUUGCUAUCCUUGUGAAUUGUGUUUGUUGUAAUAAAGUAAAAUAAAGAAAAAAAUAAAGGUGUAAGUGCAAUUUACAAACAUGGAUUUAAGAAUAAUGCUUGCAGCAUUAGAAAUUCAGCAAUAAAGCAAUAGAAUUUUUGUGACAUGAUCAGUUACUUGAUAAGUAAAAGAUAAAUAAACAAGCUAGUAGAAAAACAGGCUUUCUGUACUGUCAACAAUAAAUAUCAAACUUUUAAUAUAAAAAAAGGCUAAAUUAAAAAGUGCAAAAUAUCUAAGCCUCUGACAUGAUUCUGCAUUAUUUUUAUCUGUUAUAAUUGCAGUUGUGUUUGUUGUAAUAUACUAACUGGCUCAGUCACUUUCUAAUAUUAUAGUUAUAAUUUGUAUAAAGCAAUUUAAACAUAUUUCAUGUAUUAUUGGACUAUCUAUUUGGAUUUUAAAAUUUAAAUAUUUUCUUAUUUAUCUAAUAUAUUUUCAAAGUUAAGUUUAAGUAAUUUCAGAAACUAUUUAUAAAGUUUUAUUUAUAAAGUUUCAAAAAAAUUACAAUUAAAAAUUUACAAAUAUUUUAGAAUGAUUUAAUCAUAUUCUUCAAAAUUAUGAUGAAAUAUGUUCAGUUGCAACACAAUAACAUCUGUUCUCAAAUUCUAAAUAUAUAGACUGAUUCAAUCUUUAAAUUUUAAAAAUUUCUUGGCAAAAAUUUUUUUUGACUAAUUUUGAAAAAUUCUCAAUUUUUUCCCAUGCAUACAACUUUGUUAUUUCUCAUGUAUACUAUUUUUUACUGUAUAAUAGUUUAACUCAAACAUUUAUGCCGUGGAAUUCAUCAAACAUGUUAAGACAAAUAUUGUUUCUUUUCUUUUUUAGACAUUUUUUAUUUUAACUUUUGACAAAAUUUUAUUGCUGACUGAUUGCUUAAUAGUGUGAACAAAUUUUAAAUUUGUUUUGCAGUUUUUUUUUUUUCAUUGAAAAGUUGUGCCAGGGUUUGAAAACUAUAUUUUCUGAUAUGCUUCAGUGUAUAGUUUCACCCUUACAUGCCUUGCAGGGCAUAAAAAUAUUUAUUCAAAACUUAUAAGGAGGAUUUAAUAAUAAUACAAAUUAAAACCCCUUUUCCAUUCAUCUAGUUUAUAGAGUCAAGCAAUAAUUUAAUGUCAAUGAGCAAUUGUGACAUAGUACCUUAAAACUUUUAUAGAUUAAUUGCCAUUUAACAUUGAUUGUUUUGUUCUAUAGAAAAUAGGUUUGUUGAAAGCCAUGCCCUUUAUGAUAUCACUUAAUGCUUAUGAUAAUUAUAUUUUUUUGUUAAUAAUAGUGUUCUGCAUUACCUCCAUAAAUGCAAGUAUGCAAAGACAGCCAAAUCCACCAGUUGCUUAUUUGGGCUUAAUAGUUCCUGAUUUAUAUUGAAAAUAAAAUUCUUGUUGUAGUCAUAGUGUUGUUAAUGUUAUUUGUUCAAAUUCAUAAUACCUACCUUUGUGCGUUCUUAUUGUGUAUUUGAAAAAAAAUGUAUAGGUUAAAAAAAGUUAUGAAAUUUUUCAAGUCCAGAGGUCUUCUAUCAGAGUAAAUGUAAUUAUAUAUAAAUUGAAGUAGAAAAGUUCUCUGGUAAUGCGUAUUCCUUCUAAUCAGAGAUACUAAAUUGAAAUCCAAUCAAAAUUCUGCCAUUAAUUUUGUAAUCAAGCUUUUCAGUAAGAAUGCAAAUAUUUCGAAACACAUUUUAUAAAAGGUGUAAAAAGUCUCCUGUUUUUUGUAAAGCUUUUGUUUCUUGUAUUUCAUAGUGAGGUUUGAAAGUGUGAAAAAAAAUUUAAAUAAUUAUUUGAAUGUUAUUUAGUUUAUUGUUCAAUUAUGUGAGAUCAAUUUUGUGUAUGAUAAUUAAAAGUGUUUGUCUUCUAAA